GCCGCUAUUCUUAGGCUGUCACUCCAGCCCAUCUGAGCAGGCAAGAUCUCGCUUCUUCUUCUUCUACUACGGCUUUUCUGCGUUUCUGUGUCUCUCGCACUCUGCCUGUUUGAGAAAGCGGUGGGGGCCAACUUCCGUGUAGUUUGGUUUUCUUUUUUUGGUUUUUAUCGUUUGCUUUUUUUUGUUGUUGUUGUCGUUGUUGGUUUCCUCUCGUUUUUUGAGAAAACUGAUCAGUUAUUUUUGCGUGUUGAUAUUUUUUUAUAUUUACCUGCUUCCCUCCCCACCUCUUUUUGUUUUGUUUCCAGUGGCUGCUCGGUGCCUGUGCCCCACCUGUCCCCUCUUUUUUUAUUUUCCACAACGAUUGGGAGGAGAAGUCGUGAACAGGAGCGGAAACCAAGGAGAGGAUUUUGAAAAAUGAGCAAUUACAACAUCAAUCUCCCAGGACCUGCCCCCUGGGGGUUCCGGCUGCAGGGGGGAAAGGAUUUCAACAUGCCCCUCACCAUCUCCCGGAUCACGCCGGGGAGCAAGGCCGCUCACUGCAACCUGAUGCAGGGCGACGUCAUCGUGGCCAUCGACGGGGUCGGCACCGAGGGCAUGACCCACCUGGAGGCCCAGAACAAGAUCAAGUGCGCCAACUACAACCUGACGCUCACCAUGCAGAGGUCGAAGCGCCCAGUUCCGAUGCCCACAGCUAUGCCAAGAAUCGACACCUCCAUGCCUAUCAUCCCACACCAGAUGGACCAGUCGUUCAAAAUAAAUGGCAGCCUCUCGGCCUGCAGUACCUCCUCCGGGGCAAUAGGGGCCCCCGGCGAAUCAAACUCCUCCUACUUCUACAGUAAGCAAGAGAUCAACCAGUCCUGUAAGCUGUCAGUCAGCAGCGGCGCUGGCCCCGCCUCCCCUGCAAAGAGGCUGUCCGGUGCUGGCGAGGCAGAGGACGCCGCGGGCAAGAUGGCCCCCGGCCAAAAGAAACAGUAUAACAGUCCCAUUGGCCUUUACUCCAAAGCAACGCUCAGGGAGAUGGCCACGUGGGGCAGAGGUGCCAGUACGGGUACGCUCCCCAUUAAGGAGCCUCUCGUAGACAGUGCCUCCCCAGUCUAUCAGGCCGUGAUCAAGACCGAGGACCAGGACUUCGAGCUCUCGGACUGCGCCCGCCGCGCCGCCCACCUGCAGUCCAAGUCCUUCCGCCUCCUCGCCCACAUGACGGGCACCGAGUACAUGCAAGACCCAGAUGAGGAAGCUCUGAGGAGAUCCAGUACCCCUACUGAGCAUGCUCCAGUCUCCACAAGCCCCACACCCACUGCUCUGCCUGUUACUGCUGAUGCUGUUGCUGCUGAUGCCGCUGUUGCUGCUGAUGCCACUGACGAUGCUGCUGGUGCUGCUGAUGGUGCUCAUGGUGCUGAUGCUGAUGCUGCUUCAGCCAAUGAACACGCCCCCGAGCCGCAGACCCUAGCCAAUCAGGCGCCACCGUCUCCUCCCGCUGCCCUGGCUUCUUCCCCGGAGCCUGCUCCCGUAGCCCCCGCCCCGGAGAGCACACCGGCGCCCCCAAAGUCGGAGGCCCCGGUGGCCCCCGCGGCCCCCGUGGCUCCUGUGGCCCCUGUGGCCCCUGUGGCCCCUGUGUCCCCCGUGGCCCCCGCGGCCCCUGCGGGACCCCGUCACCUGUCAUUCGCCGCCUCCACAAUCUCCACAGCGCUCAGUGCCCAGUCUAGAAACAAUGUCAGUAAGCCAGGGCCGCCCCCUACCUCUGCACUGGAGGCCCUGCCAAUCACUCCCGUCUUCCGCACCAGAAAUCUACCCAAACGAGUGCCCCCCCUGCCCAAGGGGAAGCCCAGGCACCUGAGCUACAACAUGCAGACCUCCAGUUACAGCGCCCAGCAUAUGUCCGCUACUUCCAGGCCACACCCCCAGGCCCCGCCCGUGCAGCACAGCUCCAUCCAGAUCCCCGUGGGCCCGCCCCCAGCCAAGGUGGUCACCACGGCUACCAUCAAGCCCGCCGCCUACCCUGCUGCUCCAGCUCCAGCUCCACCCCCGGCCCGGGCUCCAGUCCAUGCCCCCGCUCCAGCUCCGGUCGUUGGCGGGGACGCCAACAGGCCUCCCUGGAUCACCGAUGGCAGCUUCGCCCAGAAGUUCGACCCUAGCAAGACCACCACUACCACCACAAAAAAAAUCCAGCCCCUGCCCCAGGCUGCCCCGCCCCCUCCGGCCUACAUACCCAACCCUUCCCAGGCUCCACAUGCCCCAUCCCCUGCUUACAACCCAGCCCCGGCCUACAACCCCGCCCCCAUCCAACUGCCCCCUGUAGCGCGCGGCGUUGCCCAGAGGGCCGAGCGCUUCGCUGCCAGCAGCCGGACACCGCUCUGUGGUGCCUGCAACAAUGUCGUCAGGGGACCCUUCCUGGUGGCCCUGGGGCGGUCCUGGCACCCCGAGGAGUUUAACUGCAACUACUGCCACACCUCGCUGGCGGACGUCAGCUUCGUGGAGGAGCAGAGUGCCGUGUACUGCGAGACCUGCUACGGGGAGUUCUUCGCCCCGACCUGCUCCCGCUGCAGCACCAAGAUCAUGGGGGAAGUGAUGCACGCCCUGCGGCAGACGUGGCACACCACCUGCUUCGUGUGCGCCGCCUGCGGCAAGCCUUUCGGGAACAGCCUGUUCCACAUGGAGGACGGAGAGCCCUACUGCGAAAAAGACUACGUCGCCCUCUUCAGCACCAAGUGCCACGGCUGCGACUUCCCAGUGGAGGCCGGGGACAAGUUCAUCGAGGCCCUCGGUCACACCUGGCACGACACCUGCUUCGUCUGCGCGGUGUGCCACAUCAACCUGGAGGGUCAGCCGUUCUACUCCAAGAAGGACAAGCCCCUGUGCAAGAAGCACGCCCACGCCAUCAACGUAUAGAUGCUGCGGGGGCACUGAAGGGGGGG